AUGUUGAGGAGAGAUGGUGUCAGCAACUGUAUCACACUCUUCGUUGGUCUAGUCUGUGCAGGUUUUCCACGACCUGAUUUGAAGUUGCUGGCAAUUGCACUUAAGGAACAAGAAGUGCAGAAUCCUGGAGGAGUUUGCUGCAGGGGCAUGAAAUCCAAAGAGAGAAUACGAGUAGGAAAGGAACUUUUAGAAGCAAAGCGAAUUGAGGAAGAAAAUGAGAGAAAACGUUUGUUGGCUUUGCGGAAAGCUGAAAAAGAGGAGGAGAAAAGAGCUAGAGAAAAAAUUCGUCAGAAAUUGGAAGAGGACAAGGCAGAAAGAAGGCGGAAACUAGGAUUACCCCCUGAAGAGCCUGCAGCUGCAAAGCCGUGUACCCCUGUUGCGGAGGAGAAAAAGAGCAUGUUACCUGUCCGGCCUGCUGCGAAGGUAGAUCAAAUGCGAGAGUGCUUGCGGUCAGUUAAGCAAAGUCACAAGGAUGAUGAUGCCAAAGUAAAGAGAGCAUUCCAGACUCUUCUUACUUACAUAGGAAAUGUUGCUAGAAAUCCGGGUGAGGAGAAAUUCAGAAAAAUUAGACUCACUAAUCAAACCUUCCAGGAUAGAGUUGGCUCAUUGAGAGGAGGCAUUGAGUUUCUGGAGCUGUGUGGGUUCGAGAAAACUGAAGGGGGUGAGUUUUUGUUCCUACCCAGAGACAAGGCAGACAUGGCGUUGUUGAAUUCUGCUGGUUCAGAGCUGAACUCUGCCAUAAACAACCCCUUUUUUGGAGUUCUUUAAGCUAAAACGCUCAUGAUUGUAAUACAUUUUUUGCUUUGAAAGAAUUUAUCCUGCUUUUCCUUUUUUUUUUUUUUUUUUUUAAUGGAUCAAGCACUUGUUAGUGUCUGAAUCCGCAUGAACGGAUUAUGGACAAAAUUGCUUCCCUUAGUUGUAUUGGGCCACAGUUAUGUUUUUAUUUUCAUUUUUUUUUUUAAUCCUUUCUAUUCAACCUGGCCGAUUUAAGCA